UCAGCGCUCCUGCGUCUGCGCGUGGCUCCUCUCUGUUGGUGAGACAGGGAGCGUUUUAAAGUUGAGCUUUUAGUUCGUAUUAGUUUAAAAAAGGUACUCGACAGCCUCUGGGAGAUCAUAUCCAGGCGCUUCGGAGAAUGCUGGCUACAGGGGCGGCUGUAACCACAGCGCUGGCGCAGGUGGACCGGGAGAAAAUAUACCAGUGGAUCAAUGAGCUGUCUAGCCCGGAGACCCGUGAGAAUGCCCUCCUGGAGCUCAGUAAGAAGCGCGAGUCCGUGCCGGACUUGGCACCCAUGCUUUGGCACUCCUGUGGCACCAUCGCCGCCCUCCUGCAGGAAAUUGUCAAUAUCUAUCCUUCUAUCAACCCCCCCACGCUAACAGCACACCAGUCCAACAGGGUGUGUAACGCUCUAGCACUUUUGCAGUGUGUCGCCUCCCACCCAGAGACGAGAUCGGCGUUUCUGGCAGCGCACAUUCCACUGUUCCUGUACCCCUUCCUGCACACUGUGAGCAAAACGCGUCCGUUCGAGUACCUGCGGCUGACCAGUUUAGGGGUAAUAGGAGCACUGGUAAAAACUGAUGAACAAGAAGUGAUCAACUUCCUGUUAACCACAGAGAUCAUUCCCCUCUGCCUCCGGAUCAUGGAGUCAGGCAGUGAGCUUUCCAAAACGGUUGCUACGUUUAUACUACAGAAAAUCCUCUUGGAUGACACGGGCCUAGCAUAUAUCUGUCAGACCUAUGAGCGGUUCUCCCAUGUGGCCAUGAUCCUCGGGAAGAUGGUCCUGCAGCUCUCUAAAGAGCCAUCUGCCCGGCUGCUGAAACACGUGGUACGCUGUUACCUCCGUCUCUCCGACAAUCCGAGGGCGCGGGAAGCCCUCCGGCAGUGUCUUCCGGAUCAGCUGAAGGACACCACGUUCGCCCAGGUGCUGAAGGACGACACCACCACCAAGCGCUGGCUGGCACAGCUGGUGAAGAACCUGCAGGAGGGCCAGGUCACAGACCCCCGGGGCAUCCCUUUACCUCCACAGUAGCCCCGUAAGGUCCCAGCAGCGGGGAGAUGGCAGUCACUUGAUCCCCAGCUGGCUCGUUUGACACCUGAAUGCACUUCUGAUGUCUCGUGCUUAUGUUUUCUGGGUGUGGCUUAACAGAAAGGGGUUUUAAAUUUAAUUUUAUUCCGUAGGCAAGCACUCAAGGCUUUGGACUGAUAGCGUGCGGCCAAGUUAACUGCUUCCCUGCAACUUGAGGUGUUCCUUUUAUGGGGAAGCAAAGGCAAUGAAGCCAUUUCAGGAUGCUGUUUGGUUUGGGAGACCCUCAGGAGGGAUUGAUUUAUCACAUUUCUGUAUGAGUGACUGUAAAUUUACUGUAAAAUACUGUACAAAAAAUGCCACCUUCCUAACUUGUAAUACAUGUAGGCAAAGUUUAUGGCAUUGAAGCCGUACUGCCGGAAAAAAAGAUAUUGUUUUUGAACCAUUCAUGUUUUUCAUAUUAAUGAUGAAAGCAGCUGUGAGUGUGUGCUGCUCUUACUCAUGUCUAAGAUGAGCACAGUCUCUUAGAAAUGUAAUUACACAGGUCUGAAUAAAACCUCCAGUAUUCUCUACCUA